AUGUUUCUGGACUAUUCUGGAUAUGAGGCUCUUACCGAAAUCAACUCUUCUUUUGGAAAAUAUGUCCUUCUAUUGCAACAAUUCGAAAAUUGUCGAGGUUUGAAAGGUCGGCUUGAAAUGCUCAAGGAUCUGGGGAAAGAAUUUACGAUAUUCGAGGAGUUGAAUAUGGAAGACUUCAGAGAAUCUAAAAGUAUGGUUCACAGAUUUUAUACUAUGGUCAUUUCUUUGAGGCAGAUUAUGGAAAUUGGGCCAUUAAUCAGGCGUAGCCCUGCUGUUUUAGUUGUGGAAUUUGAUUGUCCAGUGGAGGAUUGUCUAGAUGAAUUGGAUCCGUUGCAUCCACUGAAUAGGACCUACAUAUUCAUUCAUAAACAAUGGAUCUAUUACCAUCAAUAUUAUAUAGUUGAAAAAGUAAAGAAAGUUAUUCUUAAUAUGGCUCCGGUAAGAGAAGAUGAUUGGAGUAUCCUUCACAAGGUUGUUUAUUCUGAAGGCUUCGCCGAAAGGCGAUGGAAAAAUAAGAAAUACCUGGGUGAUAUCUACAUUCCACAACCAUUAUUGAAAAGCAAUAAAAUCACUACUAUUUCUAAUUUUUCUCAACUUACUAAAAUCUCCAAGGUCAGGGUUUACAGAUUCAACGCUACAGCAGUGUGUGACCCAGAGAAUUUGAACAAAAAAAACCUGAGCGUCAAGGAGCUUAAAGAUAAAGAUCUCCCUAAUCUUAUCUGGACUCUAGAACCUGAAAAAUUCUAUGUUGACAUGAGACCUUACAAAGAACACCAGGAAAGGAAAAAACGGAGAAAAGAAUCCACACUUAGGACACAAGGUGAGAAACAGGAGAACAGUAUUACGGAAAACAACAAAAGGGAUAUUAACGAGGUUAGAGCAUCGCCAGGAUUGAAAAAUAUCAUGAAAACACCUCUUGCUAAUAAGGUUGUUAAUAUUUUUAAUAACUACGCUGCUGUUGUAACAGGCUAUGUGACAGAAGUGGAUAAAAAUGAGGACGAUGAACGGAGAGAUGGCAAUAGACUUGAAAUUGGAAACGACGAGAUAGCUCAAAAACUUGGAAGUGAAAGUCGAGAUGAUUCAGAAACACAAAUGGACAGUGCAUGCAUCCAACUUGAACUUCAAGAUAAUGAUGAAAACAAUAUAUCCUGGAAUACAACUAUGCGAGAUAUUGAUCCAAUUUACAUGAGUGAACGAUGUGUUAGGGUUUGGAGAAAGGAGCAGCAAAUGCUAGGAUUGGAGAAGGCUCGAACAUUUGAGAAAAAAUACCAUAAAGAUUUUAUGGUAAUGAACGAAAAUCAGUUCGAAGAACCAGGUAAGUAUUCGGGGAGACGCAUAAAAAUCCGAAACGCCAGAGCUAGAACUAAAAUAGCAUCUUCCGCCAGUGAAAAUAAUAACGAUAGUAAAUCGAGCAAAAAUUGUCAUAAAGAAGAAGCUCACGGCCUAGUGAGAGAAUAUUUUAAGAACAAACUCAAUUUAUCACCUCACAGAGACAGGUAUCAGGAGGUAAAGGACAAGAGAAAAUAUAAAAAUAUAAUGAAAUAUAAUUCGAACAGUUUUAACAGCAUUAACAAAAUAUCUGGGGAAUUCCAAGUAUAUGGGCCAACCACUUUAACAGAUAUUCACUUUAAGGAUGUCGUAACUGUGAAAUUCAAGGACCUCAAAGCGAAAUUUAGAAAACUUAAAAUAAACGCUUGA